AUGCAUUCUCUGUCCAUGGGGCAGGGCUGUAGCAGCAGCAGCUCAGGUGCCCCCUCUGGCUCGGUGGUACAGGUGUGCUUCCCCAGCUCCCAGGCGUCUGUACUGGACAGCCUGAACAGGCAGCGCGAGGAGGGCCAGCUCUGUGACCUCUCCAUCCAGGUCCAGGGGCAGGUGUUCAAGGCCCACCGCUGUGUGCUGGCUGCAUCCUCACCCUACUUUCACGACCAGGUGCUCUUGAAGAACAUGUCCACCGUCUCCAUCCCUGCCGUCAUGGACCCGCUGGCGUUCGAGAGCGUCCUGAGCUGCGCCUACACGGGCCAGCUGCGCAUGCUCCGCGAAGACAUCGUCAACUACCUCACCGUGGGCAGCGUGCUGCAGAUGUGGCACAUCGUGGACAAGUGCACAGAGCUCCUCAAAGAGGGGCGGGUGACGGGGAGUGGGAGUGCAGCCCAGGGCGUCAUUGGGGGAGCUCAGGGGAACCCUGGAUGCAGUAGCAGUGAAAGCUCCCUCGGGGCUGGGAGUGUCCAAGCUGGGGGAAGCAACACCCAGCCGGCCACUCACCCUCCCAGCCGCCCGUCCCUGAGUGAGAGCCAGUCUCCCAGCAGCACCAACUACUUUAGCCCCAGAGACACCAACUUCGGAGGGGGAGCGGCAGCCGCUGGAGCUGCAGGGGAGGGAGGCGUGAACUCAACCCCCAGCUACUGCACCCCUUCUGGGGGCGAGGAGGCUUUCCUCAUCGAAGAAGAGGAUGAAGAAGAGGAAGAAGAGCUCCUGUACCAUAGGAAGCGAGGGAGCAGCAGGAGGAAGCCGACGGCCUCUGUCUCGGACCAAGAGGUUGGAGUCAGCGAUAGCUUCGGGGUGUCGUCCUACCAAGACGGGGAUGCCUCCCCUCUCCAGAAGCGGCCCACAUACAGCCAGCCCAGCAUCAUGCCCCGGAAGCAGUGGGUGGUGGUAAAAACAGAGAGGCCCCAGGACGAUGACCUGAUCGUGGUGUCGGGUGAGGAAGGGCCAGAUGAGGAAGAGGAGAGAGAGUUGGAGAUGCUGAGGGAGAGGGAGAGGACGUUCAACAUAUCCAACAUUAGGACUCUGUCUGGAGAGUUGAGCAGCAAAGCGGACCAUGAGAUGGAGACACAGAUGGAUUACUGCCAGUCUUCUGAAGACUACCUCAAGUUUGACAGUGGUUUAAUGGACCAGACUCCCCCACAGCACCUUCAUGACAGCGCUGGUCAGAGUGGUGGCAGAACCGUCUCAGCCCUACUAGGCCAAGUCCAGUCUGCUGCUGCUGCCAGAGCUCAGCUCUUUCCCAUAGACAUGCAAGGCAACCAGAUCCUCAUGUACAGACAAUCCUCUCUAGAUUCCUCUCAACCCAUAGGAAUGGGAGGUGGUAUGGCCGGGGCACCAUUUAAAGGGCCAAACCUGGAGCAUGGAGCAGUCCAUUUGUCAGCACAGGGGGGUUUGGCCGGUGGCUUAGAUGGACUGGACGGGGGUGGUGGCGGGAGUUCAGGGAAGGUGUUCAUGUGCCACUGUGGAAAGACCUUCACCCACAAGAGCAUGCGCGACCGUCACAUCAACAUGCACCUGGACCUGCGGCCUUUCAACUGCCCCGUCUGCGCCAAGAAGUUCAAGAUGAAGCACCACCUGACGGAGCACAUGAAGACCCACACGGGGCUCAAGCCCUACGACUGCCACGGCUGCGGCAAGAAGUUCAUGUGGCGCGACAGCUUCAUGCGGCACCGCUCCCACUGCGAGGGACGGAGCGGGGCGGCUGGCAGGAGCGAGGAUGGGGGAGGGUCCGACCGCACUGAUGGGAUCUCCCCACAGCAUCUCCCUCAUGUCCCUCUCUCGACCAGCGAGUCCGGUCACGGUGUCGUUGGUGGCAGGAAUGGGAUCUCUGUCUUGUCCCCACAUCAUUCCAGUACAGGUAGCAGCAGUAAUGCUGUCUCUUGCCUGACCAUGGCCAGUUCUGGAGUGCUCUUAGGGGUUAACUCUCAGAGCGUGAUGCAGGUUCAAGGUUCAUCUGUGUUUGGUCUGGGGGUCAGCCGAGGUGGGUGUGAGGAGGAAGUGUGUGAGGUUGGUGCUAAUGAUAGUGUCACUUAAACACUCGUGUUGUUUACCCGUUUGGUUAAGACAAGAGGCUUUGGAGAGGCAUUCCAAUGACCAUUGGAAAGUGCCCCACUUUGGCAAAUGGCUCAGGACCAUUGUACAGUUAGUUCAGUAUACUCUUAAAUGUCAAGUUUAUUCUCUGUAUGACUUUUGUGGCACAUUCUAUGUCAAGAAAACCAAAAAUCAAGAGACAAUGACUCACCAAUGACAGCUUUGGCAAAAUGUUAACUAGAGUUCGAGAGGAAAGUUGCUGUUGUAAGUGAUGUGUACUAUGAUAUUAUACGCCUUUUCUGCCAGAGAAUGUGCAUUUCAAGUAAAAGUGUCUGAAGAAGACACUUGCAGUACUGCCAUCUUGUUUCACACUGGUGAUGUGUCCACUAUCCAAUUGCAGUGCUAUGGUACAGUAUUACAAUCCUAUUAUCAGUUACUAGUCUGUUACCAUUAUGAUAGGUGCAAAACUAUACACUGUAUAGUGCGUUUUACAAGUUAUCCUCAUAAGUAUUGAUGGUAGACAAAGCAGUAGUCUGGAGAUGAGGUUUCUUACAGAUCUUUCCUCACUCAAACUGCCAAAUUCCAAUGCAUGCCUUGAGAGACAUUGACUACUAUUAACAGUAGGGUGGCUAAACAAAGCAGUAUCCACCGUGAUUCUGUGUGUUUUUAACCGAGGUUUUACCUUCUAUGAAGGCUCUGGAUGUAUUUUUAUGCAGGAGAAAACUGGUCUGGAUCUAAGAGAAAGACGUGUUGUCUUUAGUCUAUACUUAUCUGUUAAGUCAGGAUUGGUAAAAUGUCUGAAAGAUGUAGCUCGUGUUUGCAGCAGUUUGAUGGACGAAAUUGCAUUUGAAGUGAGCUUAAACUAAGUGUAUAUAAUAGAUAUUUAUGCUUAGAUUGAUCAAAUAGGGAAUAUAGAACUAUUUAAUACUAAUUUGUCAUUUGACUGCCUUACUAUAGCGUACAGUGGGCGUAAGGUUAGAAAUUGACACCCUUGAUAAAGAUGAGCAAAAAAUGACUGUAUAAAAUAAUUGAAAUACUGAGCUAUAUUGUAUCCCCAAAAAAUUAUUGGGAAAUUAUUUUUAUACUAAUACAAUUGCUCAGAGAAAGAUUUUGUUUUACAAGUAAUAUUCUCAAAAGGUAGGGCUCAAUUGACACCCGUUUUCAAUACCUUACGAGGAUAACGGCACUGAACCUUUCUCUAAAAUGUUUUAUGAGUUGGAGAACACGUUACGAGGGAUCUUGGACCAUUCCUCCAUACAAAAUCCAUCCAGAUCCUUGAUAUCCUUUGUCUGUGCUUAUGUCAAGUCCAGAAACAGACUAAGGUAAAAUGAACUUUACCCAGAACCAGGAAAUGUAUGCCAAAAACCUGGUUACCUCCAGUGGUGUAAAGUACUUAAGUAUUUUUUUGUGAAUAUCUGUACUUUACUAUUAAUAUGACAAC